UUCGACGACUGUGGGAUGGUUUGGUCUACAAGGUAUUUCGAUGACUUAAAUACUACUGGCUCCAACCUCCUAUUUGGCACUAAAACAAACACUACACAAUUCGCUAAACACACCUUCCUUCUCUCUUCUUCUUCAGUCAAUCUUCCAUCUUCACUGAGUUUUUACACAUCAUCAUCAAUGGCGGACGAAGUCAUUCUCUUGGACUUCUGGGUUAGCCCUUUUGCGACGAGGGUGAAAAUUGCCUUGGCUGAGAAAGGGGUAGAUUAUGAGUCCAGAGAAGAGGACCUGAGCAACAAGAGUCCACUGUUCUUGAAGAUGAACCCUGUUCACAAGCAAGUCCCAGUGUUGAUCCACAACGGCAAACCGGUGUGCGAGUCACUCAUCAUUGUUCAGUACAUCGAUGAAGUAUGGAACCACAAAUCUCCAUUGCUGCCUUGUGAUCCUCACCAGCGAGCUCAAGCCAGGUUCUGGGCUGAUUUUGUUGACAAGAAGAUAUAUAGUGGUGGGAAGUUGAUGUGGUCGUCCACAGGUGAAGCCCAAGAAGCAGCAAAGAAUGACCUCAUUGGGUGCUUGAAGCUGUUGGAAGGAGAGCUUGGAGACAAGCCUUAUUUUGGGGGUGACACCUUUGGCUUUGUGGAUGUGGCACUGAUCCCAUUUUACAACUUUUUCUAUACAACUGAGCAGCUUGGCAACUUCAGGACUGUGGCAGAGUGCCCUAAACUUGUUGCUUGGGGUCAUAGGUGUAUGGAAAAGGAGUGUGUGUCCAAGUCACUUCCUGACCACCACAAGCUCUCUGACUACUUCUUGGGGUUCAAAAAGAAUCUUGAGGCUAAAUUUAUAGCGCUGGGAUGCAGCUAAUGUUUUCCACAGGUGAAGCCCAAGAAACAGCAAAGAAUGACCUCAUAGGUUACUUGAAGGUGUUGGAAGGAGAACUUGGAGACAAGCCUUACUUUGGGGGAGAGACCUUUGGCAUUAUGGAUGUGGCAUUGGUUCCAUCUUAUAGCUUUUUCUUUGCUUAUGAGCAGUGUGGCAACUUCAACAUUGUGGCAGAGUGCCCUGCACUUGUUGCUUGGGUUUAUUGGUGUAAAAGCAUCUUCCUGACCAGCACAAGAUCUAUGACUCCAUGUUGGAGCGCAAAAAGAGGCUCCAGGCUAAGUAAAUCUCUAGACGAAUGUUUGAUUGAAGUGUUAUAUGUCGUACAGUUUCAUAGUUCUCUUUUGGGAUCCCCUUUUAUUUUGUCUUUUUUAUUUUUACCUUUCUAUCUCUAGAUGUUAUGUUUGCUUAAAGGGAAUUGUUUGUUUGUGUAAUACUUGAAAUAAAGAAGAGAACUUUUUUUGUUUUAA